AUGUUCGCCGCUCGCACGCCAGCACUGCGCGCGCUCACCCGCCGAGCAGCCACUUUCACCACUACCCCAGCCCGCCGUUAUGCUUCCUCGCACGGCCAUCCCACUGGCACUUCGAGUGACAUGCCAUGGCUGAUCGGUGCCGUCGCCUUCACUCUGCCCGCCAGCUACUACCUUCUCUCCUCCGGCUCGCCGACGCCGCAUCACUCCGACCCCAGCAAGAAGAUGGACACUGCCUCGACCAGCGCAGGCCCGGGCGUACAAACCCACCCUCCGGAGCAUCACGGAAAGCUGGAGCUGCCGAAGAAGAAGGCCGCACCAGUAGAAGAGGAGGAGGAGGACGAAGAUGAGGACACUGCGUCCGACAAGCUGCAGUCGGCUAAGGAGACCGCGAAGGAUAAGGUUCAGGACGCUACUGGAGCUGUGAAGGAGGCUGCUGGUAAGGCUGGCGAGAAAGCCUCUGAGUAUGCUGGGCAGGCGAAUGACAAGGCGGAGGAUGUCCAGGACAAGGCCCAGGACAAGGCUGAGGGCGCGGCCAAGAAGGCGAAGGAGACGGCAGAGGUGCUCAAAGGUACCGCCACCAAGAAGGUUAAGUCCGUCGAGGAGAGCGCGGAGGAGAAGGCCAAUGCCGUUAGGAAGGGCCCAUCCGACGAAACGGAUGAUAACGAGGGAGCGGAGGCGGAGAAGAAGAAGGAGGGGAAGAAAACCUCUAUCAACCCCCAGAAGAUCGAUCCCGGUGACACUGCUCAGAAGGAUGCCGGUGGCCCCGGAACCACGAGUGGAAAGCAGCAAGGAAUCUCGAAUGACGAUACUCAACACCCGAUCCUCCACGAGCCCCGUGGUGAUGCCAUCAGCAAGAAAGGGGAGGGCAUCCACGACUCGGCCAAGAUCAAGGGCACCGUCGAUGUUAACCGUCCCGCCAAAUAG